CAAAGCCCUAGCACGAUUGCCUUGUAAGCGCGUAGUCAGAGUCCAUCCCGACGCUCGCGGGAGGGUGUCUCUCCUCCGUCUCUGGAAGCUGCGAAAUCGGCGGGAGGCGCGCGUUGCUGCGCCCGCGGUGAGGCCACGACACAUCUCCCCCUCCAGAAAGCAAUUGCUAAGGUUUUCCUUGAGCCUCACAAGACUGGUCUGGCAGUUUAUACAGAAGAGGUCCAUCUGUGGUUAUCAUUUGCAUGGAUAAAAUAUCUGCUUCUGGUCUUGUUCAGGACAAUGGAAAAAUUGGGAAUAUUACAGCCUCUUCGCCUGCCAAGGGGAAAAGGGGAAGGAAAGGGUCCCAAGUAGUUGCAAGUAAAACAUAUCCCUUGAGAUCUGCUCAUAGUAGUGCCAGGGUGCUUCGGUCUACCUCGAAAAACAAGAAUAGGAUACCUGAUGAGCCAGCAACCCCCUUGAGAUCUGCACAUAGGAGUGCCAGGGUGCUUCAAUCUACCUCAAAAAACAAGAGUAAGACACCUAAUGAGCCAGUAAAUAUCUUGGGAUCCACACAUAGCAGUACCAGGGUGCUUCGCUCUACCUCAAAAAAGACGGCUAAGGCACCAAUUGAGCCAGUAAAUGAUAAUACUACUUUUCAACCAGCUGCGAGAAAAAGGAAAAGAGGCAGGCCCUCGAAUGCAGCGAGUCCCAAGAAUGAUCACAUCAAAAUUCGUCAGCGAGUUAGAUACAUUUUGAAUCGGAUGAACUAUGAACAAAGUUUAAUUCAAGCUUAUGCCAGUGAAGGCUGGAAAGGUCAAAGCUUGGAAAAGAUAAGACCUGAGAAGGAGCUUCAACGAGCCAAGGCAGAAAUCUUGCGAUGCAAGUUAAGAAUUCGAGAAGCUUUCCAGAAUAUGGAUUCUCUUCUAUCUGAGGGAAAGCUUGAAGAAUCUUUGUUUGAUUCUGAGGGAGAAAUAUCUAGCGAAGAUAUUUUCUGUGCCAUAUGUGGUUCAAAGCAUGUUACAUUAAGAAAUGAUAUCAUUCUUUGUGAUGGAGCCUGCGUUAGAGGGUUCCAUCAGAAAUGUUUGAACCCUCCUUUAUUGGCACAAGAUAUUCCUCCGGGGGAUGAAGGAUGGCUUUGCCCUGCUUGUGAUUGCAAAUUGGAUUGUAUAGAUGUACUAAAUGAACUCCAAGGGAGCACACUUUCUAUUCAUGACUCAUGGGAGAAAGUUUUUCCCGAGUCAGCUUUGCUUGCGAAUGGUUCAAAUCAGAUUGGUUCAUCCGAUCUUCCAUCGGAUGAUUCAGAGGACAAUGAUUAUAGCCCUGCUUUAGCUGAAGGGCAGAUGGUGGAUGAAAACAAAUCAUCUGCAGAGGAUGAGGACGAAGUAUCAGAUUCUGAUGACUCAGAUUUUAUGACAUCGUCUGAUGCUUCUGAACUUUCUAUGAAGAAAAGGUCUGAAUCAAAGAACAAAAAGACAGUCGAUGACCUUGGUUUGCCUUCUGAGGACUCUGGGGAUGAUGACUUCGAUCCAGCAGGUCCAGUUUCCAGCGAAGACCAGAAGGCCAAAACUAACUCAGAGGAGUCAGACUUCACAUCUGACUCUGAUGAUUUCUGUGCUGAGAUUGCUAAAUCUUGUGGCCAGGAUGAAGUUUCGCCACCUUCAUCUUCAGACCAUGCUGAUGGAAUCGAAAUCAGCGCUGUUGAUAAUCAACUUGGUCAAGAAGAUAACAAUCGUAUAAUUAUGGAGACCGAACUAGAUCAGGACGUGGUGCUUCCAGUUUCAAGUAGGCGACAAGUUGAACGUUUGGAUUACAGAAGGCUUUAUGAUGAGGCUUAUGGAAAAGAAAUGUCUGAUUCAAGUGAUGAUGAAGAGUGGUCUGGAGAUAGCACAUCCUCAAAUGGAAAUCUAGAUGACAGUGGAACAGAUUCGCUUGCUGGGUCUCUUCAGUUUGCGAAAAUACACUCUAGAAGACCGCAAGCUGGGCACCAGAAUAAUAAGCAUACUCCACAGACUGGACGAUGCAGUGUUUCAACUGGACAGUGCAGUGAAGUGCUUUACUCCAAUGGUAGUAGUAGCACGUCCCAUAAAAAACAUUUUGGUCCUAUUAUUAAUCAGAAGCUUAAGGUGCAUUUGGAGAAAGAUCCUUAUCCUAGUCGCCCAACAAAAGAAAGUUUGGCACAAGAGCUAGGCCUGACAUUCAAUCAGGUCAGUAGAUGGUUUUCUAGCGCUCGUCAUUACUCAAGAAUUGCUGGUGCGAAAAAAGAGAAGCAUCCAGAAAAUUAUACUGCUGAGAAUGAUAGAACCGCUGCAGAUAUACAACAGAGAGAACCCAAUGGCAAGGUAUUGGAAAAACAAUCUGUAGAUAGAAUUGACAAUGUUUCUGAGGGAAGGGUGGCAGCACAAAAUAAUAUUGAUGAAGGUAAGAAAGGAGAUGCCCCAUUCAAACAAGAUAUCAGCUGUGAGCAGACAGUGGUUGUGAUUCCUACGGUUGUCAACCAAAAUUGCACUACGAACUCAAGAAAAGUUGGCUCACCAAAUAGUGUCCCCGGGGAAAAUCAGCACAGUGGUACCUCAAGGAAAGCAGAACAUACCCCAUUGAAACAAAAUACCGGCUGCAAACAGACAGUGGUUGUGUCUCCUGUUGACAAUCAAAACUGCACUGCCAGCACAAGUAAUGUCGGCUCACCAAAAAGUGUGCCUGGAGGAAACAAGCGCCGUGACGCAUCACGGAAUAUUGGAAGCCCGAGAGCUGGGUCUGCAGGGAACAAGAUUCCUGGGCUAGAACAUGUGGACGAAGCAAGGAGAAAGGCAAUACUGCGGGAGCUGAGAAAGAUGAAGGCAGGCAGGUGAAAGCUCCCAAGGGAUAUUUUGAACUAUCAGCGGGAGCUCUGGUUUGCUUUUCAUCAGAUGGGCUAGGAACCCUGGUGAAGAUGGCUGAUAGCCAUAUAUUUUAUGUCCCUUUUAGAGCCUUUCUAAGCUUCCAGCAAGAAGUUCUGACUGGGUGCAUCUGGAAUCUGAAGUACUUGAGCCUCAACAUGGGCUAAGCUGAGUGAUCACAGUAUUAGCGUACUCUGUAGAGUGUAGACUGCACCGGACAUAAGAAAUGUCGUUGGCCAUGUUGUAUCAUCUAGAUGGGUAGACAUGUUUAAAAAACUGAUGUGAACCGUUCCUUUGAUUGUAUCUUGUUCUUUUGACAUUCUGUAAACUGAGAUUUGUUCCGCCCUUUUUUUUGACGAAACAACCUUCAGCGGGUUA